CCCACCCCCCGUAUGGUUCGUUCCCGGACAGGAACAGUCAAUUGAAGAAGGAUCGUAGCGAAGGUCGUCAGCUGAACACAAUAUAUAGUGAGAGUCUGUGAAGGAGUAAAGUGGGCGUGGGGUGGCAUGAUGGCAGGCGGCGGCGGGGCGGCGGCGGCGGCCCUGUCCUCUGAUAUAAGCCGCCGCAACCCCCAGGACGAAUAUGAAUUGAUACAAAGGAUUGGCAGUGGCACCUACGGCGAUGUUUACAAGGCAAAACGUUUGAUUACCAAUGAGUUUGCUGCAAUCAAAGUCAUCAAAUUGGAACCAGGGGAUGACUUCACCAUUAUACAGCAAGAAAUUCUAAUGAUGAAGGAUUGCAGACACCCGAACAUUGUAGCAUACUUUGGAAGUUACUUGCGUAGAGACAAGCUAUGGAUAUGCAUGGAGUUUUGUGGUGGAGGCUCUUUGCAGGACAUAUAUCAUAUAAUUGGUCCCCUACAAGAACGGCAGAUUGGAUAUAUGUGCCGGGAAACCUUAAGGGGCUUGGAAUACCUUCACCGGAUGGGCAAGAUGCACCGGGAUAUCAAGGGAGCCAACAUUCUACUAACGGAGAAUGGUGAUGUAAAGUUGGCUGAUUUUGGUGUUUCUGCUCAAAUCACAGCUACCAUAAGCAAAAGAAAGUCUUUCAUUGGCACACCCUACUGGAUGGCCCCAGAGGUAGCAGCUGUGGAGAGGAAAGGUGGAUACAACCAACUCUGUGAUAUUUGGGCUGUUGGUGUAACAGCUAUUGAACUUGCUGAGCUUCAACCUCCCAUGUUUGAUCUUCAUCCUAUGCGUGCACUAUUUCUUAUGUCGAAGAGUGGGUUCAAGCCACCAACGUUAAAAGACAAAUCAAAAUGGACUCAAAAUUUUCACCAGUUUGUAAAACUUGCUCUUACCAAGAACCCGAAGAGAAGGCCAACUGCGGACAAGUUACUCCUACACCCCUUUGUGGCUGCAGACCUACCAAGAUGGCUUGCAGUGGAGCUGCUACAGAAGGCCCACAACCCUCAGCAUUCCUUCCCCCCUGAGUUAGAAAUGGAUGAGGAAGGGGCAGUUACAAACGUCCCGCAAAGGAUAACUUCCAGAACGCCGGCGCGGCCAAAACAGAGGACCAAGUCAGAGCUACAUAGUAAGGAGCACUUCCAUUCAGACAGGGAUUUAUUAUUGAAUUUUUGUGAUAGAAAAGUUUAUUUGCUGUUCCAAUUACAUGUGACUCAAGGCAUAUUUUGUUCUUGUGUUGAGGGUGAGGUGUCUCUGGAUAAUCAUGACAUAGUAGAGGCCUGGAUUGGAAAUGACCCUGACACGGAAGUAAAAACCAAUAUGAGCUGGACCCAGUCCCUGCCAGGAGCUCGGAGGGCCCGUGGGGAACACAGGGAGGCUGCCUCAAAUGGAUCCCAUGACAGUGGAGGCUUUCUGAGACUGGGCACAGACAGCACAGAACGAGACUAUGCAAACUUGCCCCCAAUUUAUCUACCUUACCACUCAGACUUGACCUAUGACCAAUUCCCAGUUACCUCUUCACAGAAUUCAAUUCCCUCGCAGUUUGAAAGGUGCGUGGAAGUCAGGCAUGGAGAUCCCCUUCCCAGUUACUCUCAUGAAUAUUUCAUGAGCAGUCAAUAUAGCCACAGAGAACAAGAGAAUGAGUACUCAUAUCUUGACUCCAGCAAUACUUAUUCUUUUUCUGAUGCUGACAAUUGCUAUAUGACCACUUCAUUCAUUCUCAAGGAUGAUGAAGUUCCUUAUCAUGACCCAACUUGCACUAUAGCAAACUGUCAGCGGUCCAGUUGUCUGGUGCCUGACCUCCCAGAUGACACCACAAUACCUUACCAUUCCCUGACCACAUAUGACCAAUCAGACCCAGAGACAGAAUGCCCCACUCGCACCCGUUCCCGCUCACGACACAACAAGCGACAUCGCCAUCGGUCGAAGAGUGAAUUGGGUUCCUUGAAUGCCACUGAACCUGCCACUCACUCAUUCCGAGAUGCCCAGGAUGCCCCUCCUGCCCCUGAGGGAGUGCCAGAAUCCCUCAGAAGGGAGAAGCGCCCUCUCUCAGGCUCUGAUGUUCUGAGAAUGUCUCCAAGGAGCCUAUUGCAGUAUAUUGAUGAAGAGUUGCGAAUGAGGGGGCACAGCGAUCGUCUCUCUGACUUGGACGUGGAUAUGACCUACUCCUCCCAAGCAACCCUGCCAGUGGGCAUGGAUGAAACCUCCCUCAGUGAAGCUAGUCAGGCCCUUGAUGAGGCCAAUCACAACAGCAGAUACAACCAGUCAUCGCCAGGGCGGGAACGGGGACAUGCAAGGAGACAUUCCAGUGCUGACGCACACCAGGAGGAGGGUGAGGAGCUCACUGACCAGACUGCCACCCUCACCCUCACCUCAGCUACUUCCCGGGCCCGUGCCCAGAGUGACAGCCAGCAUGAUCGCCGCAGGGAUGGAACCAAAGAAAAUGGGCAAGGAAGCAGUGGUGGUGAAGACGAUGGGAAUGGGACACCACCUAUACCACCUCGGCGGAAAGACAAAAGAAGACACAACACUCCUCCUAGACCGCAGUCAAAUGGCUUACCGCCUACUCCUAAGGUUCACAUGGGAGCUUGUUUUUCAAAGGUUUUCAAUGGAUGUCCACUUCACAUUCACUGUACAGCCUCGUGGAUCCAUCCAGACACACGUGACCAACACAUUCUGAUUGGUGCUGAGGAAGGCAUCUACACCUUGAACCUGAAUGAGCUACAUGAGGCUACCAUGGAGCAGCUUCUGCCAACUAGAACUACAUGGAUGUUUGUCAUCAAGGAUGUACUCAUGACUAUAUCAGGCAAGGGGCCAUACCUCUAUCGUCAUGAGCUGAUUGGCCUACAUAACCGACACUUCCACAAGUUCUCCCUUCCCAUGAACAAAAUCCCUGAAAAGUUUUUGCCUAGAAAAUACGCAAUCACUACAAAGGUACCCGACACAAAGGGAACACUUCGGUGUUGUGUGGGUCGUAACCCUUACAAUGGCUACAAGUACCUGUGUGGGGCCACAACUUCUGCAUUGUACCUAAUGCAGUGGUAUGACCCACUGAAUAAGUUCAUGCUGCUGAAGCAAAGUGAGUGCUACUUGCCACAUCCGUUAAGAGUCUUUGAGAUGGUCAUAACUCCAGAUCUGGAAUACCCACUGAUGUGUGUAGAUGUGAACCGUAGUUUUGGAUCGGAUGAUGAGCUGAGACACAGCCUCAUUGACCUAAACACUGGUACCACCUGGAUUCCGGAUGAAGAUGAGGACAUGGAUGGCAUGGCUACUGUUGUACCACGCCACAACUUGAAUGUAAAGAAUGUUACUCAGAUUGAGAAGGAUGCCAUCCUUGUGUGCUAUGAAAAUGUGGUUAGGGUAGUCAAUCUGCAAGGGAGACUCAAAGAGAGGAAAAAGCAGACAUCUGAGCUCACUUUUGACUUCACCAUAGACUCUAUAGUGUGCUUAACUGACAGUGUUUUGGCAUUUCACGAGCAUGGCAUGCAGGGCCGCAGCUUUAAAAAUGGAGAGAUAACUCAAGAGAUCAUAGAUAACUCCAGAGUCUUCAGAUUACUAGGCUCAGACAGAAUUAUCACUUUGGAGAGCCGGCCGUCCUCCAUGCUGGAGUGUGAGGGUGGCACCUUGUCUGACGCCAACCAGGGGGUAAACCUAUAUAUCCUGGCUGGCCAUGAGUCUAGCAUGUACUAGUUAGCAGGAGGCCAGCAGGGAUGAGGUAACAUACCCUUAUCAUAUACAUGAAGCAAGUGGUGAAGCACCAAGUAUUGCUUUCUUAAUACAUAUACAAGGUUUUAAAGUCCUCAUUGAUGCUUUAACACUGAUUAACCGUGUAUUUUAGUAUGAACUUUGUUGUCUCAUCAGCCAGUGAAUUGGUAUUCACACUAAUCAACAAUAAAAACCAAAAUGUUUGAAAUACCUUAAAUAAUUCAAAUGGGAGGGAUACCUGAAAACAAAAUUAACUGUUAUCCUUCCCCCAAGAGAAUUGGUUUCAGGAAAAGUGGAAAACAUGCCAAAGUAGUAAAGUUUAUCAUAUGGUGUAGAGACUAAGGUGUAGUACCAACAGAGUUGUGACAACUAAUCUCACUGUUAAAUGCUAAAAAGAUAUUUGAUUAACAAUGGCAUGCUUCAUAAAUUAUGUGACUUCCAACUUGGAGGUUUGAAAAUCAGGAACUUGUGUCCUAAAUUAAACACUGGCUCAACAGCAGUACAAACAAGUCUUGCAUAUCAGUGGUGUGUCAUGCUGGGCGCCUUGUGCAGCCUGUGUGUGUACUGUCCUGUUGAAACAAGUCUGAUGGGCAACCAUCCCUAAAGUGUGAUCAUGAGUAACACUUACCUGUGUUGAAUCUUCCCUCCCUCCCAGUAAAGUGAUGCACGGGUUU